CAGAAAAGUCAGCUCAUAAGGAGGAUAAUUGCCAAACUGCUUGGUUAGAUAGGUUCAGGAUGUCAAGGAAACGCUGGCGUGUUCCCAAGAGUAUAUGUUCAGAAAGUUCUGGGUAUGUAUGCCACAGCCAUAUGGGAGACGUGUUAUGUAAGGCUUAAAGCAUUUAGAUUAUUAAUGAUUUACAUGACCUCAUUUGAGACACGAGCACAGACGUAUCACAGGAUAUUAUGCUCCACAGAAUAUGCCCGAAAAUAUGUUUAUUGUCCUAGAUGCUUGUAGACCUACAGAUACAGUGAACCUAUGAACAGACGCCGAUCAAAAUAAAGACCGACACUAUCAUUUUAGGGGUGUGACCAGGGGCAGGGCUGUUCUGAGAAAUUUUAGGUGAUGUAUAACAAUUUAUAGAACUAAAAUGUAAUAUAGAACAAGAACAAUGUUUAGUAUUUACACAGACUGAUUUCUAACCACAUUAUUGUAGUUUAAAGGCACAUUACUGUCCGUAUUAUUGCUGUGGAGCUCUGUUAUACCCUCAGACACACCAACAAUAUGGAGCUCUUAGAAAAGAGAGAGACAUUAAGGUAAAAAAAGAGGGACAGAGGGAUUUGGACCCAAAAUUGGGGCUGUCCCUCCUAAAUAGCGACCCUUGGAAGGCCUCAAUGGACCCAUUACUCUGCAUGUAAAUAUUUAAAGGGAUACUAUUAACACCAUAACCACUGCUGCUCAUAAUAGUUCUUAUAGUACAUUUAGUCUUUGAAUGCCAUGGCUGACUUUCUGUGUACAUUUCUCAAGCAAUUUAACAAAAUCUGGGGCUCCCUCAGUGCUAAAAACUUGGUUAUUCAGAUCCUAGGAUAAUGCAGAACAUUUUUUUCCAUUAUGCACCAUAAGUACUAUAAUGAGUGGUGGUACUGAUUGCUUAAAUUGUCCCUUACAAUACCCUGAUGAAGAACCAGUAAUUUGUAUUUACUCCAAUGGUUCACCUCCUAUAUAAAUAGGUGAGAUGGAAACACUACAAGGGUUUAUUUAGUAAAGUGAGAAUUCAAAGUCAAAGUCGCUGGAAUCCAGACGUACCCUUCACCUUUCCAGCCUUGUGUUUAAGAGCUUUUCUGGGAAGCUCCCACCCUACCUGAGCAGAAUGCUCUCCCCAGCUGUUCCCACCUCCUAUAACCUCCGAUCCAGUAACAGCACUUUAUUUAGUCUACCUCAAUAUAAAAAGAAAGCAGACCGAUCCUUCUUUUUCCUACAGAGCACCACAAUUAUGGAACGACCUACCGCACACUUUCAAAUCUUCCCCAAGCCAAAACAGUAUGUACGUGUUAUGGUUGAUUAUAUAUUUCCCACCUGUUCUAUGUUAAAUUUGGAUAUAGUGUGUAUUAAUAUUGUUUUUGUAUUUUAUUGUACCCUUGUAUCAAUGCAAUGUUUUGUGGACCCAGGACAUACUUGAAAACAAGAGAAAUCUCAAUGUAUCUUUCCUGGUAAAAUAUUUUAUAAAUAAAUAAAUCAUUUCAAAUUAAAGUCAAAAUAGCUGAAAUGAAAAAAAUUCUCUAAGUCAGCAAUGCUGUCCUUAAAUUUGAAAUUCACUUUCAACUCACCUUGAAUUCUCACUUUCGUAAAUACAUUUUUGACCUUUACCAUGAUCAUUAAUGAAGAACCUCAUCUUAAAGGCCAGUGAAUACUAGUUUAUUUUGGUUGAGGUAUGCUAAACCUAUUUGGAUCUGAAUAGAAAUGUUCAAACUGAGAAAAAUCUGUGUAUUUCUCAAGUCCAGGCGCAAUGUGUCCAUUUUGUUAAAUUACAUUUGUUGAUACAUGUAAACAGGGCCGGUGCAAGGAUUUUUGGUUACACAGGCAAAGAUGCUUCUUGAAUAGGAGGUAAUGUGUAGGUAGGAACAGGGCCGGAUUAACAUAGGGGCUGAUGGAGCUGCAGCUCCAGGCCCAGGCCCAUUGAUUUAUAAAAAAAAAAAGAAAAAUUUUUUUUUUUUACAUUUUUUUUUUUUCACACACUACUCUUAGGGAUUCCACCUGGCUUUUAAUUUUAUUGGCACAUCCAGUAUUUGAGGCUGCCUGGCUGGUGCAAAUAUUACAGUGAUAUUGGCAAUACAAAUGCUGGUAUUUUUCUCAGUAUAAACAAGAGAUUACUAUGCAAUACCAGCACUGGCCAGUAGGGGUCACUGUGUGUGGAGACAGGCAGGGAUAGGAAGUUCCAGCAUAUCCCUCCCUGCCUAUCUAUACUCACUGAUCUGAAGGGGUACAGCUACAGAGAGUCCAGACAGCAACUCCCACCCUGCAGAGACAGCCUACAGCUCAGUGAAGUAAGGGAUGGGGGGGGAAAGGCUGCAAGGAGACAUGGGGACACUGAGACACUAAGGGACAUUGGGAGACAUUAUGACACAGACACAGUCUCCCAGUGUCCCCAUGUCUCCCAGCCAGUGUCCCUGGUGUCUCAGUGCCCCCUAGUCUCCCAGUGCCCCCAGUCUUCCAGUGUGUCACUGUAUCCAUGUCUCCUAGUGCCUCCAUGUCUCCCAGUGCCUCAAUGUCCCCAUGUCUCCAAGCUAGUGUCCCUAGUGUCUGUGGCUCUGGUGUCUCCUUGUCCCCAUGUCUCCCAGUGCCCCCAUGUCUCAAUGUCCCCAUGUCCCCCAGCCAGUGUCUCUAGUGUCUGUGUCCCUGGUGUCUGUGUCCCCAUGUCUUCAAGUGUCCCCUAUUUUCCCAGUGUCCCCAUGCGUCCCAGCCAGAGUCCCCUAGUCUCCCAGUGUCACUGGUGUCUCUGUGUCCCUAGGUCUCCCCGUGUCCCCAGGUCUUCCCGUCUUCCUAGUGACAUGGGGACCCUGGGAUACAUGGGGACACAGGGAGAUAUGGGGCAUUGAGACACUGUGAUACAUAGGAUCAUUGGGAGACCUGGGGACACGACACUAGGGGACACUGGGAGACAUGGGGUACUGAGACACUGAUACAUAGGAACACUGAGACCUGGAGUAAUCGACACAUGGGGGCACUGGGAGACAUGGGGCACUGGGAGGAAUCCAUCUAUACAGCAGAAUCAAACUAAGUAGUUUUUUGGUGAUUUUACAGCAUUUUUUCUUAUGUCACUCCUUGUGAUUUACAUCAUGUGAUGUCACCCAUACAUAUUUAAUUAUGGAAAUUAGCAAGGCCGGUAUGUUUUUCCAAGAAAGGUGGCAACCCUAACUACUUUUCACAUACCCUUACUUAAGUAUGGAAACUUAAGAGGGAUGUAUGGGAACAAAACUUGUGUGGACUGGCUGACAAUGAAUAUAGUUAAAGGGACACUAGAGUCACCAGAACAACUACAGCUUAUUGAAUUUGUUCUGGUGAGUAGAAUCAUUACCGUUUGGCUUUUUGCUGUAAACACUGUAAUUUCAGAGAAAAUGCAGUCUUUACAUUACAGCCUAGUGAUAACUUCACUGGCCACUCCUUAGAUAGCUGUUAGAGAUCCUUCCUGGGUCAUGGCUGCCUAAAAUGCAUCCAAACAUUCAGCGUCCCCUCCCUCUGCAUGCAGACACUGAACUUUUCUCAUAGAGAUUCAUUGAUUCAAUUCAUCUCUAUGAGGAGAUGCUGAUUGGCCAGGGCUGUGUUUGAAUCAUGCUCGCUCUGCCCCUGAUCUGCCUCUUUGUCAGUCUCAGCCAAUCCUAUGGGUAAGCACUGUGAUUGGAUUAGGCAACCACUUCUAAUGAUGUCAGCAGAUUGCUUGUUUUUCUGAGUCUAACAGCAUGCAGAGUUACAGCUUCAGGCUUGAAUACAGUUAGAUUUUUCUAUAUUUAUGGAGGCAUGAGGGGCCCAGGGGGGCUUGAUGGUGGUGAAUUCAUGUUUGUGUUCCUGACCCUAUAGUGAUCCUUUAACCCCUUAAGGACCAAUCUUCUGGAAUAAAAGGGAAUCAUGACAUGUCACAUAUGUCAUGUGUCCUUAAGGGGUUAAGGUAAUGCUGACUUUGGUCUCUCUAACAAUGUGCUUCUACACUCACUACAUACAGCUUUUCUCUGUCCCAGACUAUAUACCAGGAGCUUCUGCCUGCUAGUAAGAAGGUAAGGAGACAAGUGGACCAGCGAGUGCUAGGGGACAGUCCUUAGAAAGCGUUGAGCGAGCGCAUCAUUAGAUGCAUUUAUGCCACGCUCAGGGUGCUGUCUGCAUAGUAUGCCCUUAGUUGGCCAGCUGCAUGAUUGGCAGACAGUCUGACAUGCAUUCAUACCAGGCUGGCCUUCUAAUUCUUUGGGCAGACAUAUCCUCUUUUUGGGCAUGUUCGCCCCUUUUGGCAGGUUACGUGAUUUGUGUCAGUGGCACACCCUUUUACCGUGCCCAUUGACUUCCUGCUUGACUGGACACUGCUGUUAGGGGUUAUGGGUUUUCUUGAAAGAUGAAAACAUAAAUUAGGAGCGAUUAGCCUAGGGUAUGUGUUUUCUUAUAGCUGCUGUUUUCUUUCUCUCCAGCACCAUCUCCAUCAGAUACAUGACGCUUGGGAGUAUUUUACGGUUUUUGGUCGAUAUGAUUCUGUAAUUAGGCCCGUCAUAAUUGUUAGCACCAGGUCCACUGGGCUCUUAAUCUGGCCCUGGGUAGGAACUAUAUUGUUUAAAAAGGAGGGGGAAAUGUUAAUAAUAAACUCCAUGUUAUAAAAAAGUUCUUUAUUGAUAAUUAAACAAUCGAAAAUAUAAUAAACAGGUAAGAAAAAAGCAAUACCUCUAAUACACUAACACGCUUUACCAUGUGCAGAACUCCCAGUACCCCGGCUGGGUAUCUCAGCCAGAGGAUUUGUUUCCUAGCUGUACCAGGGGAAACGGAUGGGGAACUAGCUCUCUUAGUCCUUACAAGGACUUUCCCCAUUGCAUCUCUCUGGAAGCUGGAACAGCAGACACAGGAGUUAAAUCUUUCUUCCCUCCAGUACCCAGACGAUACACAGUUCUGGAGGUUAAAACACUGACUGAAAAUCUUUAUUGGAAAACAGGCUUCUUUUAUGCACAGACCCCCACAGGGCGUCUCCAUUCAAUACAGCACAAUGCCAAGCAGGAGGGGGUUGGGUUACAUAUCAUCAUCUCCCGCUCUGGGAGAUACCAACAGUACACAGGGACAUACAUUUAAACUAAUUACAUAAAGGGGGGUAAACUUUGGGGCUUGGUUCCCCGGGAAAGGAAAGGGUCACAUGGAUAAAACCUAUAUUACUAGAUAGCCCCGGGUCCCAUCUGGGAUCCCUGUAAAUAGUGGGCUAUCGGAUGUACAGAGCCCAAGAUAUCAGUGUCUGGGGCACAAGGCUCUGUACAUCCCCGAAAUUAGUUCCAUGGAGUUGCUUGGUUUAGUCCGGUGAAUUCAAACUUCACAACUAAACCAAGCAACAAUCAAUCAGCUGAAAUGGUGCGAACCAAAUCGCGCCAAUCAGCGCUCGGGGGAGGCGAGGAGUUUCGCCGCCCAAUCAGGAGAAAUGUCGCGAAACCCUGUUUGAAAGGGCGAUCCUGCCAGUGUUUGUGCCGACCAGUCAGAAGAAUAGUGCUAACCCAGUUUUAAUGGGUGCGCCCUCUCCCAUUGGUCCACACUUCCAUGGGGCCAGCAGGACUCUGCGGCCGUGAGAUCAACUCACAGCUCCAAAGAUUCCCUGCUGGCGAGCUUCCCUCUCUCCUUUGCAUAUCCCCAUGCAGGUGUCCACCAGAGAGAAUGCUUGCCUCGUAGCUCCCAGGUAGGGAGGUAAACAGUGAUUAUAGCUCCAUUGGCAGCAGGUAGGACAAUCCCCGACACGGGGACCAGAGACAGGGUGUGUAUGCUGGUUUGGGAUCCGAAUGCUGUUCCUGGUGGGUAUUCAUUUGAACCGGCGGCCACCCCAUGCGGUCUGCGGUUUUCACACCUUGUUACUUACAUUCUAAAUGAGGUGUCGGGGUGGUCCCCGUUCGUCUGAGCUCUCCCGAACGACAAGCAGGCAAAACACAUGAAUUCAACACAGUUACAGAUAGAAACACAAGGGUAAAUCGUGGGAAUAAACAUUGGGAACACAAAAUACAAAGCACAACAUGUGAAAUCCAGUGGGUAUGGCACUAAGUGGUGGCGGCCGCUUCAGUAAGUAUCUUUUAUCAAUAAAACAUGAUUAAUAAAACUCCACUGUUAGCACUCUAUUUUUUUGUUUCUGUUUUUGUUACAUAAGUUCUUAAAAAGACAGUCAAGGCACUACACCUAACCUCUUCUUUUAUCUGAUUUUUACCGGAGAAACGAGAAAUUGAAUUUGGUUGUUGGGCUGCUGAACAAAAUUAUAUCAGUAAUUUUUCUUCUGUUAUUCUUAAAUUUAUGGAUAAGAUGUAUUGCCAGCUCUUCAGAGUAAUUUGACUGAAAUAAAUUAAUUGACAAUUUAUGUCACUUAAGCAUUUCUUAAAUGAACAAUCUAAGCACCAAUGUCACUACAGCUUAGUAGUGUAGCCAGUAGUCUUUGGGUGCAGUCAGGGCCGUUUGAAGGAAUUUGGGGGCCCCAAGCAAAAUGGACAUGGAGGCCCUCAAUCCCCCCGCCACCCCCACCACACACACACGGCCUACAGGAACCACAGCAUAGCCAUACAGUUUAAGUUCACCCACACUUUUUAUAAAUAAAAAAGGUUUACAGUGCAAAUACUGCUGUUUCAUAUAAUGUGCGUAACAUUUGAACAUUUUCAACAAUUGAACAUUUGCAAAAAACACCACUGUACCAUAAAAUCAAAUAUACAUUAAAAAAGCGCACAAUAACUAAAUCCAACAUACUUAAAACACACUAACAGACACGCACACACUAACAGACAAACACACUCACUGACACACUCAUUCACUAACAGACACACACACACACUAACAGACACACACACACACUCACAGCAACACACACACACACUCACAGUAACACACACACACACUCACAGUAACACACACACACACUUUUUAAAAAAAGGUCGUUGUCUUGGGGCCCCAGGCCAACUCGGGGCCCCAAGCAAUUGCUUGGUUUGCUUGCCUUGUCGCGACCGGCCUGGGUGCAGUCCCUCUAUUUUGUUUGUCCAGCUUUUUGGAGUAAUGUCACAAAAUCAGGGCUUUUCUGGCGCCCAAAGCCCUGCCCACUUUUGUCACUGUGAUAAGAAGUUUAAAUAAAAGCACAAACAACACUCAGACCCCACUGUGUAUCACUGCCAUUGAAAUUCAAAGAAAUCGGAUGAAAAAUUAGUCUUUGCAGCUACAGAAGUGUGGGAUUUGGGUGCAAGAAAGGCCUAGUUUUUUGUCAGAUCACUCAAAGAAAAUACUGUAAAAGACUCCUUGAGACAUAAUUGCUACAAUAAGCUGUACUGGUUAUGGUACUAGGAGCUUUCCUUAUAGACAUGCUCUUAAGCCAAGAUGGCUCAGUUAAACAAAGGGCAACUGUCAAACCUUUUAAGCUGAAGUUACAAACUUAGAGUUAUAGGGACGCUAUAGUCACCAGAGCAUUCAGCAUCUCCAGUCUCUGCAUAGAGACACUAAACUUUUACCAAAGAGAUGCAUUGAUUCAAUGCAUCUCUGUGAGGAGAUGUUGACAAGCCAGGCCUGGCCCCACCUCCUUGACGAUCUCAGCCAAUCCUAUGCUUUCCAAUCAAAGCACUGGAUUGGCUGAGAUGAUCAAUUCUGAUGAUAUCAGCCAAAAAGGUGAAUUGGGGGUGGGCCAGUGCCAGCAGACUGAAAAUAAGGUACAUUUUAACCCUUUCUAAAAGGGCUAAGGGAGGGGGGUAUCCACCUAAAUGGUGGUUUUAACACCAUAGGGUCAGGAAUACACAUUUGGGUCCCCUACCCUUUAGUGUUCAUUUAAUUAAAUCAUAGAUUGUGCUAUUUUUCUUAAAGGGAAACUAUAGUCACCUAAACAACUUUAUCUUAAUGAAGAAGUUUUGGUGUAUAGCUCAGCAGUGUUACUGAUCAUUUAUCUGCCAUUUAGGAGUUAAAUCACAUGAACCCUAGUCACACCUCCCUGCAUGUGACUUGUACAGCCUUCCUAGACACUUCCUGAAAAAUUACCUAGAUAUUUUAGGUUCAUGUAUUGCACAGCCUGUUUAAUCUGGAAUUUCUUCUCUGUUAAUAGCCGCCUAGAUGCUGCAAGGAGCCACCUGUGUGUGAUUAAAGUUCAAUUUACAGAGCAGAACAUAAGAACUUCUAAAGCAAGGUAACAUCUGAUUGAUAAAUAAAUAAUUGUUCUUUUCAUGCAGUAUGUGAGUCACAGCCAUGGGAGGUAUGGCUAGGGCUUCAUGAACAGAACCAAAAGUGAUUUUACUCCUAUGGCAGAGAAUUGAGCAGUGAGACUGCAGGGGCAUGAUCUAUACACCAAAACCGCUUCAUUAAGCAAAAGUUGUUUUGAUGCCUUUAGUAUCACUUUAAGACAAGUGUAACAUAGGAGGGAUGAGUAAGCUUGCAUGCUCAUGCAUUUUAUGAAAAUUCUUUGAAAUUCUUAGAUAUUCCAAAGCAGUCAGAAAAUCUGUCUCUCUCCCAACCCUGCCAUUUCACAACAGCUGUUGCAAGCAGUGGCUGAUGAGACCAUGCAUCUUCUUGCAUGAUACCAAACAGAAUCCUAUGACAACUUAUUGUGUACGUGCGAGAAAACCUGUAGACGCCUGCAGGAUACUUUACAGACAUCUGGUUUGUACCUUUCUGCACAGUCACAGUUACUGAUAAAAUACGAGCCCGUAGGGGGACGUGAUUUCAGCAACCAAUUAAAUUAAGUGAUUUGUGCAGAAAGCAGAAAAUGCUCUUUGAAGGCUCCUAUAAUGAUCUGUGCCCAAAAAUCUUUUUGUUUGUUUAAUUUUGUAAAAACCUGCUAAACAGAUUGACGUUUAGACAGUUUUACCAGUCUAUAUGAUGAUGCAUAGACUAUUUCUUACGACAGAGACACUUUAAAUGACCAGCAAGUGGAUGGAAGCUCAAGUUUAAAGCGGCACUGUCAUGCCUCCACUAUCUCUAAUUGACCCCCUAGUCACCCAAAUUUGCCUUCAAGAUCCCCAGAUUACCUAUUUUUUAUUCCUUAUUUUCUGCCCCGAACUUUAUUCAGGGCGCCACCCUCUUUGUGUGGGUAGAUGAAGUCCCUGUGGGACACGUCAUCUGCCCACACUAGAUAGCGAUGUGAGAUUCCCGCACAUGCCCAGUUAAACACCUGGACAUGCGAACGGGAAUUUCAUUUAUUCAUUCAUUCAUCAGACAGACAAAUGAAUGAACAGAAAUGUCAGACGAACAAACAAACACUGAAUAUCACUGUUCGUUUGUUCGUUCAGUUUAUUACAAGGAGGGAGCUACCGGCACGCAGCUCUCUCCUUGUAAUAUGUAAAGAUAGAAGCGGCAGGGAGCAGUGCUCCCCACCACUUCAUAAGCCCCCCAGGUCCCCCCUCACUCUAUGGGGGUCAAUAUGACCCCCAUAAUAGCAUAAGGGAGAUUAAAAUCUCCCCAAUGCCCCUACUUGUUAUACCGUGAGUAGGGGCAUGUCUACUAAACAGUGAGCAGCCUGUGGCUGCUCACUGUAAAAAGAAAAAGAAAAAACCUACUAUCCGGCCCCCACCCCUGAGCGGCGGGUGGGGGCCAUAAUGAUAAUGAGGGGGGAGGGACCUACUGUCCUCCCCCCCAGGACCCCACCCCUGGGUGGUGGGUGGGGGCCAUAAUGAUAAUGGGGGGGACCUACUGUCCUCCCCCCCUGGCCCCCACUCCUGAGCGGCGGGUGGGGGCCCUAAGUCAAAGGUGACCCCUAGUCACCUUUGAUGGGGGGGGGAUUUGACUUAGGGCCCCCACCUGCCACCCAGGGGUGAGGGCCGGGGGGGGGGAGGACAGUAGGUCCCCCCCUCAUUAUCAUUAUGGCCCCCACCUGCCGCCCAGGGGUGGGGGCCUGGCGGGGGAGGGCAGUAGGUCCCCCCCUCAUUAUCAUUAUGACCCCCACCCACCGCGCAGGGGUGGGGGCUGGGGAGGGGGCACAAUAGGUCUCCCCCCUUAUUUUACUUUAGGGCCCCACCCGUCGUUUAGGGGUGGGGGCCAAUAGGUUUUUAUUUUUUUACAGUGAGCAGCCACAGGCUGCUCACUGUUUACUAGACAUGCCCCUACUCGCGGUAUAGCGAGUAGGGGCAGCAUUUACUAAUACUAACUAAUUUUUACUUAGUAUUAGUAAAUGUGGCUGAAAGACCAAUUUAGGUCUUUCAGCCUUUUGGUAGAUAGCUCCCUGAUACCGUGGGAAUUAGGGAGUUAUCUACUAAGCGGCUGCAAGAUGCAGCCACAGCACGAAUAGGAUCAGAGUUUCAUUCAUUCGAAUUAAAUUGCGAUCCGAACAAAGUGCCGAAUUGAGUUCUAAAACAAACGAACAUACUGUUCUCAUUCAGUUAGAACACAAUUCGUCAGUUUCGUCUAAAAUGACAGGAAGCAUUGCGAGAUCACAGAGGAAAGGUAAGAAUUAUGGGAAAAUUGCUCUGACCAGCGGAAAUGAAGCACACAUUGCUCCUCCGCUGGUCAGAGUUGGUCAAGCGGAGGAAACCUCCAUAAGGCAAAGAGUUCCUACUUUGUCUUAUGAUUUUAAAGAAAACUAAAGAAGACAGGAAGAAAACAAGAACAGAUCCUGAGAGAGGGGGAGAAGAGGAAGAUAUUGAGGAAAGGUAAGUUCGGAAUGACAGUGCCGCUUUAAGUUUGAACUCGAUGGACCUGAGUCUUUUUUCAUUCUAGAUUACUAUGUAACUAUGAUUGUCAUUCACGAGUCUCCCAGUUGGCAUCACACUAUUUUAAGCACGCAGAGUCGACUGAGCAUGAUAAAAGUGCUGUAGUUCUUACCUUUCUGUGGGACAAACACUGAGGUUCAAGACUGACGCAAACAUCAAAUCCAUGAGACCUGCCCUUAUGUUUACACAGACCAUUCAUUGGACCUUAAUUGGUAUUCAGUAAAGUGUUAGAAUGGUCUUGAAAGAACAAUAUGAGUGCAACUGAGGCAUCAAAACAAAUAAAGGAACUAAUUAAUAUUUAAUCAAUAUAGAAACAAUGAGAAGAUACAUCUUAUCCAGGGAUACUGCAGCACUGAGGUGCAAACCCUUGCAUUAUAGGUUUGUUGUAGACUUACCUGCACCUGCUGCCCGAGUCGCUCCCCUCCUCAGGCCCGAAUGCUCCACGUGGCUAUGCAGCCUGGAUAGAAAUCAUUUACCUCCUUUUGGUCCCACAAAUGGCUUCCUCUGCUGCUUUGUGUGCCGAAUUGCAGGCCCCUUCAAAGAAGUUAGGACGCUCCCCUCUCUAAGGGGGCAUCCUUAAAUAAAAUCAUGACGUCAUGCCCUUAAAGGGACUUCGUUAUAUAGGCGACCCAAUGCUGUUUGGAGUCGCAGAGAUGACGUGAACCAAUGAGAACACAUGUGAACCUAUUUACAUUGCAUGAGGACAUCCAGAAUCAGUAAAGUCCCCAUAGGAAAGCAUUGCAGCAAUGCUUUGCAAAGAUUUUUUAAUGAGCUGCACUGGAAAGUCUUUGAUCGGACAGCCACAAAAAAUCCUGACUAAGGAAAAAAAGGAAGUUUAUGCAAGUUGAUUUAAUGAGCCAUCAAUGAAAAAAUACAUAAUUACAUGUUUGCAUGUUUUUUUUAGGUAUAUGUACUAAACUGUACUAAACUGUACUAUGUACUAUUUAUUAGAGCAGUGAUGUGUUCCUUUAAGGAAACCCUAAGCUACCGGCACAUGCGUGCAAUCUUGGCAACCUGGGUAAAUUUGGUGUACAGCCCCAUUCACACACAUGUAAGUAACCAAGCCUAUCACUAAACUGAUUGCAGCCUAUUGUAAUACUUAUUUUGUAAUAUUUCUUUAAUUGGAACUCAACUGCAGCAUUUCUUGGUUGCAACAACAAUAAGGUUCACCUCCUUUUAUAUUGGUAUGAAACUAUGGUCACUGUACCUUUAAAUAUCCAUGUAGGUAAAAUUAGGCUUUGUAGCAAUCCCUUAUGAGUAAGAGGAAUAAUUAGACAAAGUGACACUUUAGUGAGUUUUAGAUACUGUGUAAUAUAAAUAAUAGUAAUUGACUUGUUUGGUAAAAGUAUUACUUAACUUAAAGGCAGUUCUGGCACUGGAAGGGUUAAUUCACCCAAUGAAGGAGAAUUUAGAAGUCCGUUUCAACAAGCUGAGAACUAGGAGUGGAGAGUGGGGAAGUCCGUUUUAACAAGCCGAGGUCUGGGAGUGGAGAAGGUAGAAUUCAGAGUUACAAGCCGAGGUCUAGGAGUGGAGAAGGUAGAAAUCCGUUUACAAGCCGAGGUCGAGAAGUGGAGAAGGUAGAAAUCCGUUUACUAGCCGAGGUAUAGAAGUGGAGCAGGUAGGAUCAGAAGUAGAGCAGCUGAUCUUCAUGCAGCACCUGUGCGAAUAAUCCAGCCCUUUGAAUCUGGCGCGGUCCUCCUAAGUAUCGUGGAGGGACCGCGUCAGAGAAAGGGGCGGGGCUGAGCGCCGUGAACCCGGAAGUGGGUUCCGGCGAUGAAUUACAUGCCAUGCUAUACCUGACACCUAUAUAACUGUUAUCAGUUUGUUCAACAGCUUCACUCAUACAAUCUGAUAAGUAUAACUGUGGCUGGGUGUUAAGCUGCUAAACAGUGUUUUAAGGAAUAAGAAUUAAAACACAAACCAGUAUGAGAGGCUCAUUCAGUAAAGCAGUACCAAUGAUUAAUGCUCAUUAGAAUGAAACAUGUUAUUAGUGUAGAUGUGCUGAAAUUAAAGGAACACUAUAGGGUCAGGAACACAAACAUGUAUUCCUGACCGUAUAGUGUUAAAAACACUAUCUGGCCCCCCCUGCCCUCCCUUGUUCUCUUAAAAAUACUUAAAACUUAGCUUUAUUCCAGUCUGCUGAUACUGGCUCUGCCUCUGAUCUUCCUGCUUGGCUGACAUCAAGUGAUGACCUGAGCCAAACACAAUGCUUUCUUAUAGGAAAGCAUUGGAUUGGCUGAGAUUGCCAAGGAGGUGGGUUUGGUUGCAGAGUCAAAGGCCACCCUGACCAAUCAGCAUCUCCUCAUAGAGAUGCAUUGAAUCAAUUCAUCUCUAUGAGGAAGGUUCAGUGUCUCCAUGCAGAGGGCGGAGAUACUGAAUGUCAGUCCCCAGGAAACACCUCUAGUAGCCAUCUGAGGAGUGGCCAUUGGAGGUGUCCCUAGGCUGUAAUGUAAACACUGCCUUUUCACUGAAAAGACAGUGUUUACAACAAAAAGGCUGCAGGUACUGACUAUACUCACCAGAGUUGUAGUUGUUCUGGUGACUAUAGUGUACCUUUAAUAAUUUCUUAUUUUUUUGUAGUGCAAAGUGAGACAAUCAAGUGUAUAUGGCCAUUUAAACAGAUACAUGUUCAAUAAUGUCAAGAUCAGCUAGCACAAUAAAUUUCAAAUUUACUGCACUUUUCUAUAUAAUAAACAUGAAGGAAUGUAGGCGACAGAAUUGUUUGAGGGAGGAGGGGGAGAGUAAAGCAAAAAGAUAGGCUGAGAACUGUGAGGUGCACAGGAGGAACAUGUAACCCCAAAACUAGCUCCCUCUCAUCCAAUGCCCUUAGCAGACAGGCAGAGUCCAUGCAGGUGGACAUGACGAUCAGAACCUUUGAGGGUUCCUUAUCUUGCCGCAGCUAUCUAGCUCCAGCAACCAUGGGCUUCACUUCUGUAAAACAGGCAAAUCCUUGAGGAUUUGGGCAGCUUUGAUCUUCAGGAGAAGUUGAGCUACACGCGGCGUGGUGAAGCUGUUGGAGUCCCCGUCUGGAAGGAGGUCUCCACACAGGAGCUCUACGAACUGGCUUUACCCCAAUAGCUGACAGCUUGGAUUGCUUCUGUCAGCAGUCCUGCCAGAACUGCCGACAGAUGGCCUCAAACAUUUAAUUGAACUGCUCUUACCAGCUUUGCGCCAGAUUCAGUGAUGCAGACUUUGCAGCCGCAACGCUGUUGGCCAUUUUAAUCAGGCCUCGUGGGAGUCAUCCGCGCCAUUUGCACUCAGAAGCCACAGGGAGGCAAGUUUGCUCCGCUUGGUGGGGAAUGAGAUAACCCCCAGUGGCCCGUUGAGGUGAGGGGGGGGAGGAGUACGGGGCUCGAAGGCGUUAAUGUAGCCCAUACAGUCCCAGUUAGUGAGAUUGGACACUUUUCCCACUGGAGAGAUGCACCAGGCCGCAGUCAGCCGUAGGAUGCAGUAGGGGUACACCAGCAGCAUUGGACCCGAUAUGCGCAACAACGCCAUCCAAGAGGUGAAAGAUGGCAGGAUCAGGAACAGGGUACUGAUGAGUAGCGUAGGUAUUCCCCCAAUAACGAUCAAUUGAAAAGUUUAGUGAGGAGCUUAGGCUCUUGGCGGUCAAGCACCACCCUGAAAAGAAUAAUCGUAUUCUCACCGCUUUUACUCCUUAUGUAGCCUACUUUAUUGUUUACAGGAGUGAGUGAAAGCCGACUUGGAGCAGAACAUUCGUGCAGCAUUUUUGCAUGCCUGAGGCUCAUGCAGUCUGUUUGCUGCCGAUAUUAAAAUCUAUGCAGCUGUUUUGCAAACAUUAAAGUUAAGUGUUUUUUAAGUUUAAGACAUGUUUUGCGAACAUUAAAGUUAAGUCAUGUCAGCCAUGCAAUAUCCCUU